AUGGUGACUCAUCAUACACUUUCUUCAUCCAUUCCUUCUCCCUGUCCACCACAGCAAACAACACGUCAUCUAUCUCGAUUAAUGGACAAGCCAAUCAUUUCGUCCUUCACUCAACAAAAGCAACAGCUAGUUAAUAUUCAUUCAACAAAAACAUCAUUUGACAAUCAAAAUGCACCAUUACAUAAUAAAACUUCUUCAACACCACGACGACCACUUGAUGAUAGUAAUUCUCCAGAAAAUCAAUUUCGAAGACAUACAAAAAAACCUCGUCCACAUGAACCAACACCAACAAGUCUCUCGACCAAGUUCACAUCAUCAUCAUCAACAGAACGUCAAUUUCGGUUUCCACCGUUUCACCUUAAACAUGCUGUAUCUAAUAAUUUACCAUGUUUUUAUAUUAAAUUUAGUCUUGACAUUGAUACAGCUCAACAGCAACUUCCAUCAGCGAUGAAGGUCGCCAAUUGGAUUCGACAAGUAGUUCAACAACAAUCAUCACAGUCAAUUGGUGAUUUUUCCCUGUUAAUCCCUGCUGGUAAAAAUAGAUACAAGUUUGGUGUUACAAGAAAAAAAGAUUUUCUAAUGCUAUGGAAUUGUAACUGGCCAAAUGAUAUGAACAACAUUAAAAUAGAAAUAGAACGUCCACGGGUACUACCGGAUUGUUGUGCUUUAGUAUUACGGUAUGUACCUGCUGAAUUAUCAAAUGAAUUUGUAUUUAAAGAAAUAGUUAAAUCACUUAAAUCAACAGUAUCAUUCUCAAAGAUUAAUUAUCAUCAUCCUCGAUCAACUAAUGAUUAUAGAUUUUGUGUUACCGAUGAAAAUGAAUAUGAUGAAAUAAUUAGUAUUGGUCGUUUAGCAAUAGGUCAUAUACUGCUUCCAGUUACUGCUUUUAUAACAGGUCUCAAAAUGACUUAUUGUACCAACUGCUGGGAACUAGGUCAUAUUCGUCCACAUUGUAAAGUAAGUCCACGUGGUCGAAAAUGUUUGGAUGCAUGGGAUUGUAAUCAUAAAUGCCAAAAACCAGUAUUAUGUGCUCAAUGUCAAGGUCCACACUCGUCUCUUAGUAUGGAUUGUCUGGUGGUUAAAGACUAUCGUAAUGCAUUAAAAGAUGAAGUAGAUAAUGCUGUUAAAGGUGGUUGGUUACAUCAGGUGGAAGUAACUGAGAAAUCCGGUAUAGUACAUCGUGAAGAAUUAGAUUUUCCAGCACUACAACAAACAAAUGUUAAACAUGCGGUGUGGGGAGGUGUACCAUCAAAUAUAAUACGUCGAAUGGAAUCCAAAAUUGAUAAUCAAGUUAUGAAAUUGGAUAUAUUAGAUAAAAGAUCGUCGAUUAAUAAACAAGGUAUAAUUGGUUUAGUAAAUAUUAUGCAACAGACCAUCACUGCAAUGUUAGAAAAGAAAAACAAACAACAACUACAAAAAUUGGCCCAUCAAAUUGAAGAAUUUAAAGACGACAUUAUAGAGAAGUUCAAUGCAGUCCCCUCUCAACAACAACAAAAUUCAACACCAACAUCUCCAUCUCGCAAUCCAAAUAAAACAACUAAACCAACAACAACAGCAAGUAUUAAAGAAAAUAACGUUCAAAUGGAAGAAGAACAAUCAAUGGUAUCAGUAGAUGACUAA